CCAAUCUUCUCCAAGUACAAUUCCAUAUACUAGCUAGCUAUCAAUCAUCUUUUUCACUCACAAACACACACUAGAGUGUGCCCUAAACAUACUAUUUCAUUUGAUCAUCUUUUGUUCUUAAUCAACCUAUAGAAGAAAUGGAAAGAGUUAGCAACAUGGUGUCCGAGAGGCCAUUGGUGAUCUUCAGCAGGAGCAAUUGCGGCAUAUGCCACAGUGUCAAGUCGCUCAUUGGUGGAUUCGGGGUGCACCCCACAGUUUAUGAGCUCGAUGAGAUAUCCAGAGGUCAGGAGAUCGAACAGACACUGGCCAGACGGCUAGGUAACAACCCGGCCGUUCCGGCGAUUUUCAUCAACGGCGAGUUGGUUGGCGGAGCCAAUGAGAUCAUGAGUCUUCACCUCAGAGGGAUGUUACGGCCAAUGCUGAUUAGGGCUGGAGCUCUAUGGGUUUGAGUUGAGCUAUAUUAUAAAUAAAAGAGAAGUUUUACUAACAUAAUAAACCAACAUGGUAUUUUGAUCAAGUUAAUAUUAAAUAACCGACAUAAUUAUUAAAAUAAUGCAGUUUUUGUUGCAAAAUAUAUGAUAGUAACUUAUGUAUUAAUAUACAGGUCGGAGUAACUUAGUUUUGCUUGAGAGAGAGAUUAUCUAUAUAUAUAGCUAUGUUUUUGCAAGGAUUACUUGCAAAAGUUUUCCUGAGAAAAUAAUCAAUAUGUAUGUGUGUACUUUUUUUUUUGUACUUAGUUAACCUCUUUUUGUAAGGUUAAUGUAAGUCAUAUCAAUAUUAACACUUUUUGGCGGAUUGUGUUACAUUUGCUGUUCUG